AUGAUUGAUUAUAUUAUUACAGUUUUAUUCACUGGUAUAUUUACAACUAUACUUACGAUUGCCGUAAUAAUCGUUGAAUCGAUAAUUUGGCUUCUUCAAAGAAUAAUUGAUAGUGAUACUCGAAGAAUUAAUUAUACUCGUCAAGUAAUUGAUGAUAAAAAUUCAACAAACGAUAUGACUUCAUUUGACCCUACUUAUGGAAUUCCGGACCUUCAUGAGUACCUCAAAGAACAAUUAUCCCAAAGGAUAAUGUUCCUUGAUGGUGCUAUGGGUACUGUUAUACAAGGUUUACGAUUUACCGAACAAGAUUUUAGAGGAGAAAGAUUUAAGGAACAUCCAAAAGAUCUCAAAGGAAAUAAUGAUAUUUUGGUAUUGACGCAACCUGAACAUAUUAAGAAAAUUCAUAUUUCAUAUUUAGAAGCUGGUUCGGAUUUUAUAGAAACAAAUACUUUUAGUAGUACUAGCAUUAGUCAAGGUGAUUAUUCUGCUGAAAAGUAUGCUUAUGAAUUAAAUAAAGAAUCCGCUAGAUUGGCCAAAGAAGCUUGUAUUGAGGUUACAAAAAGAAAUCCAUCCAAACCAAGAUUUGUUUUGGGUGCCAUUGGUCCAACAAAUAGAACCUGUUCAAUUUCUCCUUCCGUGGAAAAUCCCGCAUUUAGAAAUGUGACAUUUGAUGAAUUAGUAGAGGCAUAUACUGAACAAACUAAAGGUUUAUUAGAUGGUGGAGCUGAUAUUUUGUUAGUUGAAACAAUUUUUGAUACAUUGAACGCUAAAGCAGCACUUUUUGCAAUAGAUAGUCUUUUUGAAGAUCAAGGUUAUAAAAAAGUUCCAAUUUUUAUUUCCGGUACUAUUGUUGAUCAAUCCGGUCGUACUCUCAGUGGUCAAACUGGUGAAGCUUUUUUAAUUAGUAUUGGUCAUUCGUCACCUUCAGCUAUUGGAUUAAAUUGUGCAUUGGGAGCUGAUUUAAUGCGACCAUUCAUUUUUAAUAUUGCAAAUUUUACAAAUUCUCCUGUAAUUUGUUAUCCAAAUGCGGGAUUGCCAAAUACAUUUGGAGAAUAUGAUGAAACUCCUGAAUUGAUGGCAAAUAAAGUUAAGGAAUUUGCUAGAGACGGUUUAGUCAACAUUUUGGGUGGUUGUUGUGGUACCACGCCAGCUCAUAUUAAAGCAAUUGUUGAUGCAUGUUCUGAGUAUAAACCUCGAAUUCCACCACCAGAUUUGAGUUUAGAUAGUAUGUAUAUUUCAGGUUUAGAAGUUUUGAAAAUUAAUAAAGAAUCUAAUUUCGUAAAUGUGGGAGAAAGAUGUAAUGUAGCAGGAUCUCGAAAAUUUGCACGUCAUGUAUUAAAAGGAGAAUAUGAAGAAGCGAUGGCAAUAGCAAGAGCUCAAGUUGAAAAUGGUGCUCAAAUUGUUGAUAUUAAUAUGGAUGAAGGAAUGUUGGAUGGAAAAGCUGCCAUGAUCAAAUUUUUAAAUUUAAUUGGGACAGAUCCAGAUAUAUCAAGGGUCCCAAUAAUGGUCGAUUCUUCAAAUUUUGAGGUUAUUUUAGCGGGAUUAAAAUGUGCACAAGGGAAAUGUAUUGUAAACAGUAUUAGUUUGAAAGAAGGGGAAGCUGACUUUAUUAAAAAAGCAAAAAUUAUUAAAAGAUUUGGUGCGGCAGUUGUUUGUAUGGCUUUUGAUGAAACAGGUCAAGCUGAUGUAAGGGAUCGUAAAAUUGAAAUAUGUGCAAGAACAUAUAAAAUUCUAACGGAAAAAGUGGGAUUUAAUCCUAACGACAUUAUUUUUGAUCCCAAUAUUUUAACAAUUUGUACUGGUAUGGAAGAACAUAACAAUUAUGGAGUAGAAUUUAUAGAAGCAACUAAAUGGAUAAAAGAAAAUUUACCUGGUGUCAGUGGUGGUGUCUCUAACUUAUCAUUUUCAUUUCGUGGAAUGGAUAAAGUUAGAGAAGCUAUGCAUAGUGUAUUCUUAUAUCAUGCCAUUAAAGCGGGUAUGGAUAUGGGAAUCGUGAAUGCAGGAUUUUUAACAAUUUAUGAUGAUAUUCCUAAGGAUCUACUACAAUUAUGUGAAGAUGCAAUAUGGAAUCGAGAUCCGGAUGUUACUGAAAAAAUUUUAGCAUAUGCUCAAAAACAUGAAGAUACUGAGGAAGCACGUAAAGUGUAUCCGAAACCAUUAGAAGUCAUUGAAGGACCUUUGAUGAGUGGCAUGAGUACUGUUGGUGAUUUAUUUGGUUCAGGGAAAAUGUUCUUACCACAAGUCAUCAAAUCUGCACGUGUAAUGAAAAAAGCAGUAGCACAUUUAAUUCCUUUCAUGGAAGCGGAACGUCAAGCAAAAUUUUUAGAAGCUGGGGGUGAAGGUGAAAAUGAUGAACCACAACAUGCAGGAACGGUAAUUUUGGCUACUGUAAAAGGGGAUGUUCAUGAUAUUGGUAAAAAUAUCGUCAUUGAUUUAGGUGUCAUGACUCCAUGUGAAAAAAUUAUCGACUCAGCUCUUCAAGAAAAUGCUGAUAUAAUUGGAUUAUCAGGUUUAAUCACUCCUUCAUUAGAUGAAAUGAUUCAUGUAGCGAAAGAAAUGGAAAGACGUGGUUUAAAAAUUCCAUUGUUGAUAGGAGGUGCAACCACAUCUAAAACACAUACAGCUGUAAAAAUUGCUCCAAAGUAUAGUCAACCUACAAUUCAUGUUUUGGACGCAUCCAAAAGCGUAGUUGUAGUAUCUAAUCUUUUGGAUGAAAAUUCAAAAGAAGAAUUUUGGGAAGAUAUUGCAGAGGAAUAUCAAGAAAUCUGUGAAGAUCAUUUCGCUUCAUUACAAGAUCGUCAUUAUUUGUCGAUAAAAGCUUCACGAGAACAAUCUUUUAAGAUUAAUUGGACAGCUCAACCUCCUCCAGUUAAACCGACAAUUAUUGGAAAGAAAUUACUUGAAAAUUAUGAUUUAAAAAGAAUUUCAAAAUAUAUUGAUUGGAAUCCAUUCUUCCAAGUUUGGCAAUUAAGAGGAAGAUAUCCUAACCGAGGAUUUCCAAAGAUCUUUAAUGAUGAACAUGUUGGUGCCGAAGCAAAAAAAGUGUAUGACGAAGCACAGAAUCUUAUAGAAAAAAUUAUCAAAAAUAAACUUUUUGUCCCUAAGGGCAUAGUUGGAAUUUAUCCUGCUAAUAGUGUUGGUGAUGAUAUUCAGGUUUAUGAAGAUGAAUCACGAUCUAAAGUAACAGCAACAUUUUUAGGAUUGAGGCAACAAGCUCAAAAAGAACCUGGUGAACUAUAUUAUUGUCUUUCGGAUUUUAUAGCUCCCAAAGAUACUGGAAUAUCAGAUUAUCUAGGAUUAUUUGCGGUUGGCAUAUUUGGAGCAGAAGAAUUAUGUAAAAAAUUCCAAGAUGACCAUGAUGAUUAUAAUAUCAUUAUGACAAAAGCAUUGGCGGAUCGAUUUGUUGAGGCAUUUGCGGAAUGCUUACAUGAAGAUAUUAGAAAAGAUAUAUGGGGUUAUAGUAAAGAAGAAAAUUUGGAAUUAGAGGAUUUAUUAAGUGUUAAAUAUCAAGGAAUCCGGCCAGCACCGGCAUAUCCUUCACAACCUGAUCAUAGAGAAAAAACAACGAUGUGGAACUUGAUGAAUAUUCAUGAAGAAAUUGGAAUUGAAUUAACCGAAGGAUUAGCGAUGUUACCUGCUGCCAGCGUUUCUGCUUUGGUAUUCGCGAAUCCAGAGUCCAAAUAUUUCGCAGUAGGAAAAAUUGAAAAAGAUCAGGUCCAAGAUUAUACUGAACGUCUGGGUAAGGAUCUCAAAGACACCGAAAAAUGGCUUCAACCAAUCUUGAAUUAUGAUUAA